AUGGCAUCGGCCUCGGUGUGUACGCUCCUCUACGUCAAUAACGUCAAGCAAGGCACGCAGCGGAUCCCGGUGCACAUAUGUGUGACGGUGCCUCCGCGCAGCGCGAAGCUCCGAGAGCGAUCCCGAUUAACGUCGCGCGGCGCAGGCGAGAAGCCAGAUAAGAAGCACAGUAGCCCUGGCCGGAACGCACGGGCGAAAUCGCAGAGGCGACAGCGACGCGCACAGCAGCGACGUGCACAGCAGCGACGUGCACAGCAGCGACGUGCACAGCAGCGACGCGGCCUGCGUUGGGACAAGUCGCCAAGAGGAAAGGGGCGAAAUGCCCAUGUGUGGAGCGUUGCGUGGCCUGGGACACCGAGCGAACUCCUAUCGAAGCAUGGCGCGAUGAUCCGCCCGGUCGUCAAGCGCGGAAGCCAGCUAUCGCUGAUCAGGGGACGGCGAAGAAACAUCGACAGGAUGCGGUAUAAACGCCGGACAGACGUGCUUCGCGACGGUGUGGCUGAAGAAAUGAGCAUAGCGGCUGAAAGAGCUGCAGCUUGUGCCGAUGGCUGCCUCCGUGUCAAAUACUUGCUGUCGGCAGUCUGGAUUCCUGAGCCGCAUACACAGCUCGUAUGA